AUGGAUAGCGAAAGUCCUUUGAAUAUUCGCGCAUUUUCCGCAAAUUUUCUCAUUACAGCCACCUUCUACCCGGGUCGGGCUUUGACACACGCUGAACUGUCAAGUAUAUCGACCGAACGUCAAACUGCAGCCUGUCGCUUCCGCGUGGAUGUCACCACCGGGGCACAGAUAUCUGGUCGUGGUGGCGGUGGUGGUGAUCUGUCGGACAGCUUGCCAGGCGUCACUGGUGAACUGAUAUCUCCAACCUACCCUGGCUAUCACCCUGAUGGGUUGCAUUGCGCAUACCAGCUUGUUGGACUUCCGUCACAACGUGUAAAUCUAGAUAUUUUGGAUCUAGACUUACCUGAAGUAGCCAGCGUCUGUUCGUCCGACUACUUGCUAUUCUAUGAUGGGUUGACACCUGACCCAACGACCCCGGUUAUUGGAUCGCGGUUCUGCGGUACGAAUAAACAUAUUCGAGUUGUAUCAUCAGGUCCAAACCUGCUUAUUCUGUUUGUCACUGGCCCAUCCGCAUCCUCGUCUACUGGUGGGCAGUCAGCUGUGCAACCUCAAUCGUCAACUCGAAGAGGAUUUCGACUAAAAUACACGUUUUCAGCCGCUCUUUUGCCAGUGGAUUCAGCUCAGGAGAACCAGCAUAUUCGUGGUACAGAUGAACCCAGUUUCUCCUAUCUUUCCCUCAUUAUGCUCAACCAAUGGCAAUCGUUGAUCGAGAAUUCAAUUAUCGCAGAUUUGUGGGAACAAAACUGA